UUUCAAUUUUGAUGAUUAUAGGCGUGAAGUUAUCAUAUGGUACAGCUGGGUUCAGAGCAGAUGCUUCAGUUCUGCAAUCUACAGUGCUUAGAGUUGGAAUCUUAGAUUCUUAAAGACACACUCAGUGAUUGGAUUAAUGAUCACUUCAUCACAUAACGAAGAGAUUGAAUUUUGCUGAUUCUAUUGCCAAUGCCCAUCACUUGAUACAGAAGUUUGUAUUCUAAUGGAAAUUUACUUGAUUUUGUUUAUUAAAUUGUUCGAUUCUAUUAUUAAAGUCAUGGGCACGUACGGGUUUGGUCCAGUGGUCUAAGCCUCAGCAGGGCACCAUGGUCGCGGGCUCAAACCCCGAGUAUAUAGCCCUGAAUUGCUAGGUAUGUAAGCUUGCGGGUGGUUCAUAUUCCGGGUUUUGACGGUGAUCCUGAGCUUCGGCUUAGGGGAGUGGGUCCUCGUCACCAAAAAAAUAGAAGUCUCCUGUUAGGAGGUUUACUAGUUGCUAAAGGUCAUUUCUUUCAAUAUAACAAAACACAAACACUUUUAGAAGCAAUGAGAUUAUAGCAAAGUUGACAUGAUUUUGUAACAGUUCAAUUCGGUUUGAUUUAAUUUUAGCUAAUGGCUUAGGUGGAGAAAAACUUGAGGUUCUGAAGAGGAUGUUGAAUGUUUCUUAUAUUGAUAUUUGUAAUUCUGGAAAAGAUGGAGGGGUCCUCAAUGAACGAGUUGGUGCUGACUAUGUUCAGAAAGAAAAGGUUGUUCCACACGGAUUUGAUUCAGAGAAUGUCGGGAUAAGAAAAAUACCCCCGGGGCCGAUCUUUCAUACGACCAUCUGGUAUAGAAGAUGUUAUGCGUGUAUAUGCAGAGGCGUCCACACAAGAAGCAGCUGAUAGCCUUGCUAACACAGUUGCUAAACUUGGCGACCGACAGCUUCUAGGAUUUGGCAGCACCAGAUAGGAUUUUGCUUGCAUCAGCGAGAUGACCAAAUAAUCAAAAUAGACAGGCUUCUUAUGUGACCAAAUAAUCAAAAUAGACAGGCUUCUUAUGUGGACGUUUGCUGCAACUGAUACCAAUGGUCAAUGUUAAUGUCUUAUGGCAGUUUAGAGACUUGUUUUUUGCUAUUCUCAGCCUAAAAAUGAGGUAAAUUUGCAUGUAGAAAUCAUGCUAGCUUGAGUACUGAAAAUGUAUGCAGUAUCCGUUUAUUGAUUUACGGGGAUCGCUGUUUGCGUUUGAAAGUGCGUCACUGUAUACAUCACCAAGCCGGAAUUUAUUGUUCUUCAGCUGAAA